AUGGAUCCAAACCCUGAAUUCACUUUGGAAGAAGAUUUAUGUAACCCUAAUCACCGCGAUGGAAUUAUGUUGUAUGUUCGAUAUGGAACUAUUCGGGAUAACGUUCAAGAAUUUAUGGGAUUAGUUCGUAUUAUGGGUCAAAUACGAUUAAGGGGUGAAACUGACGCUGAAGUUUUAGAGAUCUCUAUUCAAGAAUGGAGACGAAGCAUUUCCCAAGUAGCGCAAUUCCCAAUUGUUUCGUUCGAGUUUCAGAGCAAAUGGCUUGUGGUUACGGUUUUUGGAAUUAUUGUGAUUUGGAGGCACGAUGCUCUGGCCAUGAGGGCUGCAAUGGGAGCAGUUGCAAACGCAUGGAUUUCAAUCACGUUAAAACGAAUACUCGACCAAGAGCGACCUGUUGCUAGCUUAGGAUCUGGUCCAGGCAUGCCAUCUUCACAUGCUCAGUCCAUCUUCUUCGCUUCUGUCUAUGCUAUCCUAUCAUUGGUUACAUAUCUAGGGUUGAAUGGAGUUACAGUGACCAUUGGGGUGCUCGGCUUGGGUUUCAUCUCAUAUCUUUCUUGGUUACGUAUAUCACAACGACAUCACACCAUCAGUCAGGUUGUGGUGGGUGCUAUUUUAGGAACCAUUUGCUCGAUUUUAUGGUUUCAGUCUUGGUACUGGUUCGUGCAACAAGCCUUCCUUUCCUUUUUAUGGGUACGGAUUAUUAUUGUUCUGGGGGGCGUCACAUGCUGUGUGAUCUUUCUGUUGUAUGUCAUUAAACAUUGGCUUAUGGAUGGUGAUGAAGAUUAA